CACUAAGUACAUGGAGCUGAAAGAGGAGAACCAGCAGCUCCGGAAGGAGAUGGAAGAGUUGCGGUUGCAGCUAUUGCAGGAAAAGGACAACAACCGGGAGUGGGAGACCUUCACUGAGGAGCUCGUGAAAGAACUAGAGCAGCUGUGCCGUGAAGUGGACACCCUGAAGGCAGACAGAGCCCUGCAGAUGUUGGAGUUGGAGAGGCAACUGCAAAUAGAAAAGGACAACAGCCAGAAGUUAGAGAACAUCAGUAAGGAGCUAUUGAAAGACCUAAAUCGGGUGCUCGACACAGUAGACACCCUACAGGCGAAGGCCCCACAGAUGUUGCUGUUGGAGUGGCAACUGCAAAUAGAAAAGGACAACAGCCAGAACUUAGAGAACAUCAAUAAGGAGCUAUUGAAAGACCUAAAACAGGUGCUCGACGCAGUAGACACCCUACAGGCAAAGGCCCCACAGCUGGACCCCUCCCUUCUGGCCUCCAAGAACCGGCAGGCGGCCAAGGAGAGGGAGUGUGAGGAGCUGUACGAGCUGCUGGAGCAGCUGAUUCAAGUCCACGAGGCCCUGCGGCCGGACCACGCAAGCCUGGGGGCGCUCCAUGACCAGCUGUCUGGGCAGUACCAGGCCCUCGUGGAGGAGCACAGCCGCCACAAGACCCUGCUGCGCCGUUCCCUGGAAAUGGCGAGCAAGGCGUUCGGGCGUAGGUGGGUGCCGGCAACGGUCCGGGUGACUGGCGAGCUCUCCAGGCUCCCAUCCCCCUUUGCUCUGGCCCCUCGUGGUUCCCCUGGAUCUGCUGCUUCACAGGAAGAGAAGUGAAUGGAACGUCCUCCUCAGCGAUGUGG